UCCGGAAGUCCGUAAUGUUGACAAACCACAUCGCAUCACAUCGCAUGUCGCAGAGUUGUUGUUGUGAAGAGAAGUGGUGUGGAUUGACUUUGCUCUAGCGAAAAUGUCGUUUAUUUUGGGUCCCUACGAUAACAGGGACGAUGGGGACACGGGGACCAAUCAUCAAGACUGCCCCGGGGAAGAUGAACUCUUCGCCUUCGGCUACGCCUGCAAGUUGUUCCGAGACGACGAUAAAGCUUUGCUGGAGAGCUCUGGACAGCUACUGAUCCCCUGGAUGGGGGACGGCUCUCUAAUGAUCGACAGGUACGACCUUCGGAACCGUCUGGAGGACAAGAAUCAGUUUGGACUGAAGCCGAUCCUGCCUCGCCGGAGGACGCAGGAGGAAGAUGACCUGGAGGAGAUGUUGGACAAGGACAGAUACUUCUCACUGGGGAUUGAUGUUCUUGAACACCAGCUCCUGGAAGAAGAGUCCAGGAAGAGACGGAGCGAGCAGCGAGGUGGGUACCAGGCCGUCGGUUUCGCCUACAAGGAGAGCGCAGUUGCACCACCGAAUCACGCAGUGACGAGCUCUCUCCCUCUGCGCCGUGCAGAGCACCCACCGACCUCAACUGUCGACGUGGCCGAGACUGAGGCCGAGCGGUUCCUCCCUCCCGUGGGUCUAGACAUACCUGGACACAUACAACAGCCUGUGACUAAGAAACUCCAUUCUAUCAUUGAGAGGACUGCUGGGUUUGUGGCCAGACAGGGGACACAGAUGGAGAUCAUGAUCAAAGCCAAGCAGAAACACAAUCCUCUCUUCUCCUUCCUCUCUCUCUACGACCCUCUUCACUCGUACUACCGCCACCUCCUCCAGAUGAUUGCCUCUGGUGGGUACACUCCAGUGGCCACAGAGGAAGUGGAGAAGGGAGGAGAAGGGGAGGGGCGAGAGACGGAGAAGGAGGUAGAAGAGGAAGAAUCAGACUCGGGAGAUUCAGACGAUGAGGGAUUUGAACUGCACCCGCUCUUGAGAGUUUCAACGACGCCCCGUUCGUCUCCCCGACCACCUGCGACAGACAAAUCGACCAAUUCCAGCUCUUCAUCGAAUGCAGUCUCCUCUCCUCCUCCCUCCAUUGUCACAACCACUGCGAGCCAAUCCUCUUCCUUCUCCAUAUCUCUCUCCUCUGUGAACGCAGCUCCUUCCCUGGACACGGAGCAGGGAGGGGCAUGGCAGCCCGUCGACCCCACCCACUACCCCCAACCCUCUCUCGAGAGGUAGGUAGAGAGAAGAGAGAAACUUCCGUCACUUCGCGAGGCGUCGUCCUCGACUUUGUAUACAGAUAGCUCACACUCUGUGUGUGCUCUCUUUCCCUCAACAGCUGAAACAUCAAACCUCCGCUAGAAAACUUUCUCCUCCUAGAGCCGUUUAGAGCCACGUGGCGUGUCUGGCAGAGUGCGAGAGGAGUUUGAAGACAGCAUAUUAUACGCAGCGAUUUAGGCGUACAUUAUACACGUUAACCCUUUUUAGGCUGAGUAUCGGAGUAUUUGAAGAGCCUUGUCAAGAUGACCUUCGUCGACUUCCGAUGGGUGUUUGUCCGACUAUUACAAAAGUUCUGUGGAGAUGGAUGAACACUCACUUGAAAAAGCAUGUAAAGAGUGAAGUUUUUGACUUGGCGUUUUUUGCAUGUGAACAUCAGCGGUACAGUUUGGUAUCUUGUGGUCGUGUUUUGGCUGUGGUUUGGUUCGGUUGGGCCAGGUGGUGUGUGUUGCCGUGUGGUCCGGAGGAGGCGACAAGGUGAUCCUGGUGAGGCCCCGAGUGUCAGCAGUACUCGACAGAGAUGGCUACUGAUGGAGAGCAGCACUACCCUGAGUACAACCCCACCAAUGAAGGGUGUUCCCUGCAUCCUCAGCCGUCCGACUUUGCCAGCCAGAGUAACCUGGAGGCUUACUACCUCAGAUUACGUGCGGAUCACCUGCAGAGCAAGAUGGCUCCUGUUGCCAGCGCUACUGUCACCUUCACCCCGCCGCCCGGCCGUCGCGACCCUGGCCCCCCACCCCCUCCCCCCGACCUGCAACCAAUCAUCGACAAAACUGCCGAAUACGUGGCCAGAAACAGCGAAGGUUUCGAACGGACCGUUCUCGAGAGGCACUGCGGGGACCCAAAAUUCGGUUUCCUGAACCCCUGGGACCAGUACUACCCUUACUACAAGUUCCGGCUGCACAUGAACAAGGAGAAGGCAGCAGAGGAGGCUCUGGCAGCCAUGAAAUCGAACCGCCGACAGAGAGGAGAGGCGCAGUGGGGGAAACAGGUCCAGAAACUCAGUCACAUCGGAUCCGUUUCGUUCAAACUGACGCCAAAAAAGAAGCGGACUGUAUUGGAAACGGGAGUUGUUGAUCUUGGACCGCCUGCUGAAGACGAGGAAGAGGAAGAAGAGGAAGGGGAUAACCCUGUGAUUAUGCAGCAGGAAGGAAUUCAGAACGUGUAUGUAGGUGGUAGGGGAGGAGAGGAGGACGAUCUGUAUGGCGCUGAUGGCGGUGCCUACCAGACAGUGGUUCAGAUGUAUUAUGGAUCAGGCCAUGCUCACUACACCUCAGAAGGAAUGGCGUACAGUGGAAAUGGAGAGUUGGUGGAGGAAGGAGAGGGGGCACCACCAACCAAACGUGCCAAGAAAAACGCCGACAUUGCUGUUAUGGACAACAAGGUUCAGGAAUUCCUAAGUCAAGUAAAAGCUGUAUUGGACACCUAGCAUAAGUAGAUGUCAUAUUGUGAUGUUUCUAAUUAGAGCCCAUGUAUAUCAUCAACGCGCGCAUGCGUAAACCGUGAUCUAUCCUUGUGACAAAACCCUGUCUGCGUUGGCGGAAGCACUGUACAAGCUUCUGGGAAGAAGGUCCAGUGCUCGCCCUCUCUAUCGUGUUCUAAGAGACUCCAACCAGCCCGUUCUCCCAGCCGGCAGCAAGGGGGUUGGAGCGCGGGCCGCCAAACUAGAGAUCCAGACACCGGAAGCCGACUAGCUGCGUGUCGCCUUCAAGAUGGCGCAGAACCUCCCUAUUCGUUUCCAGGAGCACCUGCAGCUGCAAAAUGUGGGUAUCAACGUACAGCAGAUUGGGUUUGCCACUCUUACCAUGGAGUCGGAUAAGUUCAUAUGUGUGAGGGAGAAGGUGGGGGAGACAGCUCAGGUGAUAAUCAUCGACCUCAGCGACUCAGGGAACCCCAUCCGACGACCCAUCACCGCUGACUCCGCCAUCAUGAACCCUGCUUCAAAGGUCAUCGCUCUGAAAGCUGGAAAGAGUCUCCAGAUAUUCAACAUAGAGAUGAAGAGCAAGAUGAAGGCCCACCAAAUGGUCGAGGACGUCACGUUCUGGAAGUGGGUCAACCUCAACACCAUCGCCUUGGUUACCGAGACCUCCGUCUACCACUGGUCCAUGGAGGGUGAUUCCCAGCCUCAGAAGGUGUUUGAUCGUCACUCUAGUCUCGCCGGCUGUCAGAUCAUAAACUAUCGAGCCGAUGCCCCGCUCAAGUGGCUUCUCCUGGUUGGCAUCUCUGCUCAGCAACACAGAGUGGCAGGACACAUGCAGCUGUACUCGGUGGAGAGGAAAGUCAGCCAACCCAUCGAGGGACACGCUGCAGCAUUCGCUCAGUUCAGAAUGCCUGGAAACUCUGAGGAAUCUACUCUCUUCACGUUCGCCGUCCGUGGACAGGCAGGAGGGAAGCUCCACGUCAUAGAAGUUGGUACCCCGGCCUCAGGCAACCAGCCCUUCCAGAAGAAGGCAGUCGAUGUUUUCUUUCCGCCUGAGGCACAGACAGACUUCCCUGUCGCCAUGCAGGUCUCUCUUUCUCCAUUCUCUUCCUCCCUCUUCCCUCUUGCCCCUCUCUCUCCUUCUGCCUCUCUCUCUCCUUCUGCCUCUCUCUCUCCUUCAUCCUCACUUGCUCCCUCUUCCUCUCUUCUUGCUCUUCUCUCUCACCCUCCAGGUUAGCACAAAGUACGACGUGAUCUACCUCAUCACGAAGUUUGGCUACAUCCACCUCUACGACCUGGAGACUGGGACAUGCAUCUACAUGAACCGCAUCAGUGGAGAGACAAUAUUUGUCACCGCUGUUCACGAUCUGUCCAGUGGAAUCAUUGGAGUCAAUAGAAAGGGCCAGGUUCUCUCAGUGGCAGUUGAUGAAGCUGCAGUCGUGCCGUACAUCGCCAACACCCUGGCCAACCCCGAGCUGGCUCUGCGAAUGGCCACUCGCAACAACCUCAGCGGGGCGGAGGAACUCUUUGUCCGCAAGUUCAACCUCCUCUUCACCCAGGGGCAGUACUCUGAGGCUGCCAAAGCCGCCGCCAAGGCACCAAAGGUUCCCCCCUCUCCCUUUCUCUAAUCCUCACAAUUUCAACUUCCUCUCCCCCUGUCUUGAGCACUUUCAGACCGUUGCGCUUCUCUUAACUCUCAAAUUUCAAUCUCCUCCCUUUCUCUCUCCGUGCAGGGUAUACUCCGGACGACGGAAACCAUCCUGCGAUUCCAACAAGUGCCCACCCCUCCCGGGCAGACCUCCCCGCUGCUGCAGUAUUUCGGGAUCUUGCUGGAGAGCAGCCAGUUGAACAAGCAUGAGGCACUGGAGCUGUGCCGGCCCGUGCUGGCUCAGGGCAAGAAACAGCUCAUCGAGAAGUGGCUGAAGGAGGACAAGCUGGAGUGCAGUGAGGAUCUCGGUGAACUGGUGAAACAAGUGGACCCAACACUGGCUCUCUCUGUCUUCCUCAGGGCCGGCGUCCCUGGCAAGGUCUCCUUCCCUUCCCUCCCUCCCCUCUCUCUCUCCCCUCUCUCUUGUCUUUCUUCUCUGUCUUACACACACACUCUCUCUCCUCCUUUCUUGUCUUAAACCUCUCUUCUCCUUGUCUUUUUAAAAUCACCCUACCGGCAUUUUCUCUUCUCCUCUCCUCUCUUCUUAACUCCUGUUAAAGCCCACUCUCUCUCUCUGUGUGUGUGCAGGUGAUCCAGUGUUUUGCAGAGACAGGGCAGUUCCAGAAGAUCAUUCUCUAUGCCAAGAAAGUCAACUACACCCCAGACUACGUCUUUCUCCUCCGGAACGUGAUGAGGAUCAAUCCGGAGCAGGGGACAGAGUUCGCGAAGAUGAUGGUGGCUGAUGAGGAGCCACUCGCCGACCUCAACCAGGUGGUGGAUGUGUUCAUGGAGAUGAACAUGGUACAACAGUGUACCUCCUUCCUGCUGGAUGCCCUGAAAAACAACAAACCCACCGAGGGACACCUUCAGACUCGACUCCUCGAGAUGAACCUCCUCACCGCCCCUCAGGUCGCGGACGCAAUCAUGGGGAACCAGAUGUUCACUCACUACGACAAGCCGCACAUCGCGCAGCUGUGUGAGAAGGCGGGGCUACUCCAGCGGGCCCUGGAGCACUACACAGACAUCUACGACAUCAAGAGGGCCGUGGUCCACACGCACAUGUUGAACCCUGACUGGCUGGUCAACUACUUUGGGUCUCUGUCGGUGGAGGACUCAAUGGAGUGCCUGAGGGCAAUGCUGCAGGCCAACAUCAGGCAGAACCUGCAGGUGUGUGUGAAGAUAGCCUCCAAGUACCACGACCAGCUUACCACUGCUUCUCUCAUCGACCUCUUCGAGUCUUUCAAGAGCUUCGAAGGUCUGUUCUAUUUCCUUGGCUCCAUUGUCAACUUCAGUCAGGAGACGGAGGUCCACUUCAAGUAUAUCCAGGCUGCGUGUAAGACUGGCCAGAUGAAAGAGGUGGAGAGGAUCUGCCGAGAGAGCAACUGCUACGAUCCUGAGAGAGUCAAGAACUUCCUCAAGGAAGCCAAGCUGACAGACCAGCUUCCCCUCAUCAUCGUCUGUGAUCGUUUCGACUUUGUCCACGACCUGGUCCUCUACCUCUAUCGCAACAGCCUGCAGAAGUACAUCGAGAUCUACGUCCAAAAGGUGAACGCCUCUCGUCUGCCCAUCGUAGUCGGAGGGCUACUCGACGUGGACUGCUCUGAUGACAUCAUCAAAAAUCUCGUCCUCUCCGUUCGCGGACCGUUCUCGACGGACGAGCUCGUGGAGGAGGUCGAGAAGCGAAACAGACUGAAGCUGUUGCUGCCGUGGCUGGAGAGCAGGGUCCACGAGGGAGAGGAGGAGCCGGCCACCCACAACGCCCUGGCAAAGAUCUACAUCGAUUCCAACAACAACCCGGAGCGGUUCCUGCGGGAGAACCAGUAUUACGACAGUCGCACUGUGGGGCGCUAUUGCGAGAAGAGGGACCCCCAUCUUGCCUGCGUGGCCUACGAGAGGGGGCAGUGCGACGAGGAACUGAUCAAGGUGUGCAACGAUAACUCACUCUUCAAGAGCGAGGCGCGCUACCUGGUUCGCAGACAGGAUGCGGAGCUGUGGGCCGUCGUCCUCGCCCCCGACAACACCUAUCGCAGACCACUCAUCGACCAGGUGGUCCAGACUGCUCUCAACGAGACGACCAACCCAGAUGACGUCUCUGUCACCGUCAAGGCAUUCAUGUCGGCUGACCUUCCCAACGAACUGAUCGAGCUGCUGGAGAAGAUUGUCCUUGACGAGAGCUCCGUCUUCAGAGACCAUCGCAAUCUGCAGAACCUGCUGAUCCUCACGGCUGUCAAGGCAGAUCAGACCCGUGUCAUGGAGUACAUCAAUCGUCUUGACAACUAUGAUGCCCCGGAUCUCGCCACCAUCUGUAUCGGGAGCGAACUCUUUGAGGAGGCCUUCUCCAUCUUCAGGAAAUACGACGUCAACACUUCAGCUAUUGAGGUGCUGAUAGUCAACAUCCGUAACCUGGAUCGUGCCUACGAGUUUGCCGAGCGAUGCAACCAGCCUGCGGUGUGGAGCCUCCUGGCAAAGGCCCAGCUGGACGGAGUCAUGGUGAAGGAGGCCAUUGACUCAUACAUCAAGGCAGAUGAUCCCUCCACCUACACUGAGGUCAUUCAGGCCGCUAAUGCUCAGGGCAACUUUGAGGACCUGGUGCGCUACCUGCAAAUGGCCCGCAAGAAGACGAGAGAGACGUUCAUCGAAACAGAGCUGGUGUUUGCCUUCGCCAAGACCAACCGUCUGGCCGACUUGGAGGAGUUCAUCUCCGGACCAAACCACGCCCAGAUCAUGCAGGUUGGCGAGAGGUGCUACGAGGAGAAGAUGUACGAAGCGGCCAAACUUCUGUUCAACAACAUUUCCAACUUUGCCAGACUCGCCUCCACCCUCGUCCAUCUCGGAGAGUUCCAGAACGCCGUGGACUCUGCCCGCAAGGCCAACUCCACCCGCACAUGGAAAGAGGUGUGUUUCUCGUGUGUUGAUGCGGAGGAGUUCCGAUUGGCUCAAGUCUGUGGCCUCCACAUCGUGAUCCACGCAGACGAGCUGGAGGACCUCAUCAACUACUACCAGAACCGCGGCCACUUCGAGGAGCUCAUCACCCUCAUGGAGGCAGCGCUGGGUCUGGAGAGAGCUCACAUGGGCAUGUUCACUGAGCUCGCCAUCCUCUACUCCAAGUACAAGACGCCCAAGAUGAGGGAGCAUCUCGAGUUGUUCUGGUCUCGUGUCAACAUCCCCAAGGUUCUCCGAGCAGCAGAGCAGGCCCACCUCUGGUCCGAGCUUGUCUUCCUCUACGACAAGUACGAAGAGUAUGACAACGCCGUCCUCACCAUGAUGGCCCACCCCACCGAGGCCUGGAAGGAGUCUCAGUUCAAAGACGUGGUGGCAAAGGUCGCCAACAUCGAGCUCUACUACCGGGCCCUCAAGUUCUACCUCGACCACAAGCCCCUGCUCGUCAACGACCUCCUAACGGUCCUCACCCCUCGUCUGGACCACACCCGUGCUGUCGGCUUCUUCACCAAAUGCGGCCACCUCCACCUGGUGAAGCCUUACCUGCGCACCGUCCAGACAAACAACAACAAGGCCGUGAACGAGGCCAUAAACCAGGUACUGACAGAGGAAGAGGAUUACGAGGGGCUGAGGAAGUCCAUCGAUACUUUCGACAAUUUCGACACCAUUGCUCUCGCGCAGCAGCUGGAGAAACACGAGCUGCUCGAGUUCCGUCGCAUCGCUGCCUACCUCUACAAGAACAACAACCGCUGGGGACAGUCUGUGAACCUGUGCAAGAAGGACAAGCUGUUCAAGGAUGCGAUGCAAUAUGCGUCAGAGUCUCGAGAGGUGGAGAUUGCCGAAGGCCUGAUUGCCUGGUUCCUGGAGAUCGGGAAGAAAGAGUGCUUCGCCAGCUGUCUGUUCACCUGCUACGACCUCCUGCGUCCCGACGUCAUUCUGGAACUGGCCUGGAGACACAACAUCAUGGACUUUGCCAUGCCUUACGUCAUCCAAGUACUGAGGGAGUACCUGACCAAGGUGGACAAACUGCAGCAGGCAAAUGCGGAAAGAGCGCAAGAGGAGCAAGGACAGCCACCUGUCCCCAUGAUGACUGACAUGCCUCUCAUGAUUACAGCAGGUCCCGGAAUAGGGAUGCCCCCGCCACCAAUGGUCCCCCCGGGGAUGGUGCCCCCUGGAGCAAUGCCGGGAGCUGGGGUUCCAUAUUUCGCCCCCCAGUACUAGCCACACAUAAGACUAUUGUGUUAUUAUGGGAUCCUUACUCUUUAGGCCGUCUCUACUCUUAUUGUGUAUUUUUGCAAAAUGUAGGGAUAGCUGCAUGCAUUAUUACGAUUUGUUUAAUAGGCUAAAAAGAAAUUGUAAAUUAUGGUGAUUCAA